CCAGACGACGGGGAGCUGUCUCCUCCUGUCGGAUCUCUUGGACACUGCUAACGCACCGCUCUCGCCUUCUUGCCUAUUUUCGUCUGUACUUGUCAGCUGUGUGGAAUGCGCGGACGCACAUUGUGCAGCCCCCCAUCUGAGGGUCCAGCCUGCAGUCAUCCUCAGUGUCCCAGGUCUUUGGUCGGAAUCAUUCCUCCUUCUUUGCUGCACUGACUUCUCUCUUUUCUCCCAUUCCUCUCGCUGUUGUGCUGCUGAAUCGUCUUUCAGGUGACCCUGCUGAAGGAUGUCUUCUACACCAGAACUGACCACCCACCUCUUCCCAACACUGACCUCCUUCCCCUCAGCCACUCCAGGAGUUUCAGCUGAACCUAAUGCCACCUCAUGUCAAGAGUGGGAGCAGGUCCAUCACCUCCUCUUCCAUCUGGGGAAUCUGUCACUGUUGCUGGGCCUUGUCAUCCCCACUACCCUGGGCCUGCACAUCAUUCUGCUGCGCCUGUUUCUAUUGACAGGAUGUGGGCUCUUAAUAGCAUGGGCCGCUCUGUACAGGUGCAACCUGGACGUAAUGAUUUGGAACGUGGUAUUUCUGGUCGUCAACUUCAUGCACUUGUUCUUCCUCUUGUACAAGCGAAGGCCAAUUAAGAUCGACAGGGAGCUGCGAGCGGUCUACAAGCGAAUGUUUGAGCCCCUCCAUGUGCAGGAGGCUCUAUUUCAGAAGCUCACUGGACAGUUCUGCACCAUCCAGACAUUGAAGAAAGGCCAGGCCUACGCAGCAGAAGACAAGACCUCUGUCGAUGAACGCCUUAGCAUCCUCCUCAAAGGAAAGAUGAAGGUAUCAUACAGAGGCCAUUUUCUCCACAACAUCUACACCAAUUCGUUCAUUGACUCUCCAGAGUUCAGGUCCACUGAGAUGCAUAGAGGAGAGAAGUUCCAGGUAUCUAUCGUGGCAGAGGAGAACUGCAAGUUUCUGUGUUGGUCUCGAGAGAGGCUCACCUACUUCCUGGAGUCAGACACCUUCCUCAAUGAGGUGUUCAGGUACCUCAUUGGCAAAGACAUCACCAACAAACUCUACUCUCUGAAUGACCCCACACUAAGUGACAAGACGGUGAAGAAGAUGGACCGUCACCCAAGCCUAUGCUCUCAGCUGUCUAUGAUGCAGAUGAGGAACAGCAUGGCAAGCACCAGCGACACCGAUGAUGUUCUUAACCAGAUCCUGCGAGGAGGGUCCGUUGGAUCAUCACACCAAAAAUCACCUGGUACCAAAACCUCCUCAAAGAUGAAGCCCAUAGAAGAGGGCAUGGAGGAUGAUGUUUUUGAAGAAUCUGCUCCCUCCAAGUCUCACUGAGUGCCGAAGACUUAUACUGAGGAAAUGUAACCAACAGGGGAAAAAUACACACCACCACUUGUAUAUUAUGUAGGUCCGUCUUGGUCACAGUUAUUAAGGCCCUAAAGCCAUCAAACAGGUUUCUCUUCUCUGACAAACAAAUUCCAGUAAGCACAGUGUGUAUGAGUGUAUGAAAACAACAACAAUAAGCAAUCAAGAAAAACU